AUGGUGGUCACACAGGGCGUUGCACUGGUUGAAGUCGUGGUGGUGGUCGUCGUGGACGAGGUCGUUCCAGUGCUCGAGGACGUGCUCGGGGUCGAAGUGAUCGUGCCAGUGCUGGAGGACGAGCUUGGCGUCGAGUGGCUAGACGUCGAAGUGAUUGUGCCAGUGCUGGAGGACGAGCUUGGCGUCGAGUGGCUAGAUAUCGAAGUGAUGGUACCCGUGCUUGAGGACGAGCUCGGCGUCGAGUGGCUAGACGUCGAGGUGAUCGUGCCCGUGCUCGACGAAGAGCUUGGUGUCGAGUGGCUCGAUGUCGUUGUGGUAGAUGAAGACGUGGUUGUGGUCGAUGACGAGCUUGGUGUCGAAACAGAUGAUGAGCUGGUAGAUGAACAGGGCACGGUAACGUCGUGGCAGCACAUGCCGUUGCCACCGCCGUUUCCACCGGCACCGCCGUUACCGCCCUUACCACCAGCACCACCGCCGGGACCAGACCCGCCGGCGCCACCAUCGCCGCCACCACCGCCAUCACCACCACCGGGGCCAGAGCCUCCGGCGCCGCCGUCACCGCCAUCACCACCAGCGCCACCUCCUGGGCCGCUGCCGCCUGCACCACCAUUGCCUCCUGGACCACCGUUGCCGCCCGUGCCCGUGGCGCAGGGCACGCAUGUCCUGGUCACGCAAGCCGAGGUCGUAGUGGAGGUCGUGGUCUGGGUAGUGGAGUGGCUCGACGAGGUAGUGGUUGUGGAGCCCGUGCCUGUCGUGGAGGAAGUCGAGCCCGUGGCGGUUGUGGACGAGGUCGAGCCGGUGCCGGUGGUCGAAGACGUCGAUCCCGUGCCGGUGGUCGAGGACGUCGAGCCGGUGCCCGUGGUCGAAGACGUCGAGCCCGUGCCGGUUGUAGACGAGGUAGAACCCGUGCCCGUGGUCGAGGACGUCGAGCCCGUGCCGGUAGUCGAGGACGUCGAGCCCGUGCCGGUAGUCGAAGACGUCGAGCCCGUACCGGUGGUCGACGAGAUCGAGCCCGUGCCGGUGGUCGACGAAGUCGAGCCGGUACCCGUGGUGGACGACGUCGAGCCCGUGCCGGUAGUGGAAGAAGUCGAGCCCGUGCCAGUGGUCGACGAGGUGGAGCCCGUGCCGGUCGUCGACGAUGUCGAGCCCGUGCCGGUCGUGGACGAGGUAGAGCCCGUGCCGGUGGUGGACGAAGUCGAGCCCGUACCGGUGGUCGACGAGAUCGAGCCCGUGCCGGUGGUGGACGACGUCGAGCCCGUACCGGUGGUCGACGAGAUCGAGCCCGUGCCGGUGGUCGACGAAGUCGAGCCGGUACCCGUGGUGGACGACGUCGAGCCCGUGCCGGUAGUGGAAGAAGUCGAGCCCGUGCCAGUGGUCGACGAGGUGGAGCCCGUGCCGGUCGUCGACGAUGUCGAGCCCGUGCCGGUCGUGGACGAGGUAGAGCCCGUGCCGGUCGUGGAAGAAGUCGAGCCCGUGCCAGUGGUCGACGAGGUGGAGCCCGUGCCGGUCGUCGACGAUGUCGAGCCCGUGCCGGUCGUGGACGAGGUAGAGCCCGUGCCGGUCGUGGAAGAAGUCGAGCCCGUGCCGGUCGUGGAAGACGUAGAGCCCGUACUGGUCGUGGACGAGGUCGAGCCCGUGCCGGUCGUAGACGAGGUCGAGCCGGUGCCGGUUGUAGAAGAGGUCGAACCCGUGCCGGUGGUGGACGAGGUCGAACCCGUGCCGGUUGUAGAAGAGGUCGAACCCGUGCCGGUGGUGGACGAGGUCGAGCCCGUGCCGGUCGUAGACGAGGUCGAGCCCGUGCCGGUCGUGGACGAGGUCGAUCCCGUACCGGUGGUGGACGAGGUCGAGCCAGUGCCCGUGGUGGACGAAAUCGAGCCCGUGGUGCUCGUUGUGGAGCCUGUGGUGGUGGUGGAUGAGAUCGAUGAUGAUGUAGACGUGCAUGGAACCUCAACGUCCCAGCAGCACGUGUUGCCACCACCUCCGGCGCCUCCAUCACCACCCUUACCGCCGGAUCCACCGGCGCCGCCGCCAGGGCCAGCGCCGCCAGCACCGCCGCCGCCUCCAUCGCCUCCGCCACCGCCGCCGGGUCCAGCGCCACCAGAGGCGCCGUCACCACCAGAGCCACCGGAGCCACCGCCGGGACCAGCGCCGCCAGCGCCGCCGGGGCCGCCAUCGCCACCCUUGCCGCCCAUACCAGUCGGGCAUGGGCCACAGGUCCUGGUUACACAGGCCGAGUGGGUUGUGGAGUGGCUGGACGUGGUCGUAGUGCUUGUGCUUGUGAUCGUCGUGGAGGAGGAGGUCGGGGUCGACGAGGUUGUUCCAGUCGACGACGUCGUGCCCGUCGUCGAAGUGGUUCCAGUCGAUGAUGUGGUGCCCGUGGACGAGGUCGUACCAGUCGACGAGGUGGUGCCCGUGGACGAGGUCGUACCAGUCGACGAGGUGGUGCCCGUGGUCGAGGUCGUACCAGUCGACGAGGUGGUGCCCGUGGUCGAGGUCGUACCAGUCGACGAGGUGGUGCCCGUGGUCGAGGUCGUACCAGUCGACGAGGUGGUGCCCGUGGUCGAGGUCGUACCAGUCGACGAGGUGGUGCCCGUGGACGAAGUGGUGCCCGUGGACGAAGUCGUACCAAUCGACGACGACGAUGGGGUAGAGGUAGUCGACAUGCUGGAAGAGGAGGUAGACUCGCACGGGACUUCGACAUCAUAG